CCGGUAGUCCAGCGACGUAACGUUUCUUCUGAGCUGCUCUUCUGAGUGUGUGUGGAGCUGCAGCACAAUGACAGGGCAACAUUCCAAGCCCUGCCUCAGUGAGCCUCAGGCGUCUGAGCUGGUGCAGAGGCUCUUCAGCCUGACGCCAUCAGAGGUCCGCCCUCUGCCCAGCUACGAUGACCAAAACUUCUACGUGGCCACAGCGGAGGGCGACGAGUACGUCUUGAAGGUAAUGAACUCGGAGGACAGCAAGAACCCCAACAUGAUUGAGGUGCAGACGUACGCCAUGUCCUUCCUGCAACAGCACGGGCUUCCUGCCCAAACAGCCCUGCCCACCGCUCCUGGAAAGCUCAUGAGUCUGGAAGAAAUAGACUUUGGCAACGGCUGUCAGAGGUUCAUGGUGCGGCUGUUGACUUAUCUACCUGGCACCACAGUUUCCAAGCUUCAUUUAACUCCACAGCUAUUGUAUGAAAUCGGCAGCACAGCAGCCAGAAUGGACAAAAUCCUGAAAGAGAUGACACACCCUCACCUCAACGUGCUGCAGAGGGAGGGGUUCAAGUGGAGUCUGUCAAAUGUCCCUCUCCUGGAAGGGUACCUCUAUGUGUUGGAUGGAGACCCUCUUCAGGAAGUUGUAAAGUCUCUCAUUCAACAGUACAAGACCUCUGUGGUUGGAAAAUACCCUGAUUUCCGCAAGUGCAUUAACCACGGCGACUUCAAUGACCUCAAUGUGCUCAUGCAGCGUGAUGAGACUGACUGCUACAGGAUCUCUGGUAUCCUUGACUUUGGGGACUUGCACAGCGGCUACUACAUCCAUGAGUUAGCCAUCGCUAUCAUGUACAUGAUGAUAGAGCACCCUAACCCCAUUGAGGUGGGUGGUCCUGUUCUUGCAGGCUGGGAAAGUGUCCUCCCGCUCAAUGAAGCAGAGAAAGAGUGUCUCUAUGUGCUGGUGAUGUGCCGCUUCUGCCAGUCUUUGCUGCUUGCUCGUUACUCCGUGACCUUGCAGCCAGAAAAUGAAGAGUAUUUGAUGAUAACAUCCAGAAAGGGUGUCAGAAUUCUCUGUGAACUCCUGGAGCUCGGAAAGAAGCAGGUCGAGAAGGCCUGGUUCCAAAGUGCUGCUCAGUUUGCUGACAAAAAGUAAGCAAUGUGCGAAGGAAGCCAUUCAAAAAUGUCUAAGCACCAUAAGUUGAUUCCACUGAAGCGUUUGCGCAAGUGAAUGCAUUCUAAAAGCAGAAGUUAAAACAAUAGAUUAGAAUAAGUGAGACAACUUGAAUAUAGAACUGAUUUGUUUUCAACAGAAACCAAACUAGAAUAAUAUUGCACAUUGCACACACAUAUAUAUAUCAGUACCCUAAACGUGCCUGCUUUUUUUUCAUCAAGAUCCAUGAAUUAUUUUCUGACAAAUCAAUCCUUCAAAUGAAGAGUAAAACACAACCUCCUUGUUGGACAUAGACAUACAUGACCUAAACAUAAAUACUGAAGUGAGUCUGAGUUAGAGAUGAGUAGAUUAACAAAAACUGCAAUAGGAAGUAUCGAUACUGUAUGUUAACAAUAGAUUAUAUACUGUAAAAGUAGCCAGCAACCGAACCCAUAGAUUGCGAUUACUAAAGCAUUUAGGGGAAAGUAGUGAAUAGGGAUGUAUAGGAUAUAACUGCAGAAGCAACUCAAACCUAACCAUAGAGACAGUCCCGGUAUCUUAAAGGUACAAUAUGUAGAAUGUAGUGACAUCUAGUGGCGAAGUUGCAUGUUGCAGCUAAAUACCUGACCCUGACCUUACAAACAUGAAAGAGAACCUGUGGAGGACCUG